CCAAAACGCCAGUAGUGCGGCGGCAGCGACAUCCAACGGUGGUGUGUGAACAGUUUUGUAGCGAAAAUGUUGACCCGAAGAAGUUGCCCGUGACAAACAGGGAGAGUCUUUUUAAAUCGUUUUAAGUGCUGAUUUUUCGAUUGAAAGUGAACGCGCGAAUGCGGAAUGUGUUCGGGGUCGACCCGAAAGCAAGUGACGCGCAAAUAGAUGCUGUAAUUACUGCUGGGAAAUAGAGAAAAUCUCUGCUGAAGCUGCGAGCUAUCACAAAGAGCACAUCAACGAGCGGAGGAUUUAGCAGGAUUCCGGGCAUCAUUGUCUAACACGCUGCUUAUGAUUUUAGCUGAUUCGUAGACUUGCUUUUCUAUAAGAGCUUGAGAAAGAUCACCUCUGGGAAAUAAUAGCAAUCGGCAUCAUGGGAAAGGAAUUGCUAAAUGAUAGCUCUUUUUGCCAACAGUUAGGAGCGACACUAGUUCGCAAUUUUAAACUUAAAAUAAGAGACUCGAGGAAAACUAUCGCGGAGGUUUUCCUGCCACUGUAUACACUUGGCACACUAAUAGUACUGAAGAUACUGAUACCAAAUCCUAAUUUUCCCGCCAUCACGGAACCACGUGGCGCGGCUUCACUGUUCGAACAUUUUCAGCAUCACAAAGCCCACACCAUCGCAGUACUGCCGCAGCCAAAUUCGACCACAACUCAGCCAUUCCUGGAAGCGGUCAAUGAACUAUGGCGAUCCAAUCGACACCACGGCGGUGGUGUCUAUCCCAUCAAUUGGAUCCUGUACGACUCGCAGGAAGAUCUGCUGGCUGCGUACUGGCGCGAUCCGGACAAAAUGCCCCUGGCGCUGAUCUUCCAUAGCGAAGAUCCACUGUACGGACAGCUGAAGUACGAAAUCCGUACCAACCCAUCGUUCUUUGUGACGCCGUCGACUACGGAGCUGUACUCCUCGUUGGUCACGUGCAGACAGUCGGACAGCUAUUGGUCUGCAGUGAUCCCUAUCGAAACCGGUGAUUCCUGCCCGGUGAAUCAAUAUUACUACUCAGGGUUCAUCGCCCUGCAAACGCUGCUGGAUUACACAAAAAUCAAGAUCGUAACCCAGAACGAAGACCUACAGAUACCUCACAUUACGCUGGAGAUGUUUCCCAAGGAAGCCUAUACGGGUAAUUGGAUGGUAGCGUUUAGAUUAGUGAUUCCCAUCUACAUGGUGAUGGCCCUGUCCCAGUUCAUCACAUAUCUGCUGAUACUGAUUGUCGGCGAAAAGGAAAACCACAUCAAGGAGGGGCUCAAAAUAAUGGGCUUGCGUGAUACGGUCUUCUGGUGCGGUUGGUUCAUUAUCUACGCCGUUUUUGUCACCUUCUUAACCUUGGUUUCGGUGAUUUUACUGUUCUCGCUGGGAGUUUUUCAGCAUACCAACUAUCUGCCGGUGUUCAUACUGAUAUUGCUGUAUAGUUUUUCCGUCAUACUGAUUGGAUUCAUGAUAACGCCGUUCUUCGACAACUCAAGGACCGCGGGCAUCCUGGGCAACUUUGCCGUCAACAUCAUGUCGUUGCUGUACUUCCUGCAGGUGUUCAUCGACGAUAAGCACACUUCGGCGGCCCUGUGGACGGUAUCACUGAUAUCGCCGACGGGUUUUGCCCUCGCCAUGGAUAAAAUCCUGGUGCUGGACAUUUCCGGCCAGGGCGUAACACUGAACAACCUGUGGACCGGGCCCGGCAUCCCAAUCGGUGGGUCCAUUCUGAUGCUGGUGGUGGACAUUCUUCUGUACGCCGCAUUGGCAUUCUACUUCGAUUGUGUGAUACCAUCGGAUCAUGGUACCAAGCAGCGGCCCUGUUUCUGUCUCAGUCGCCACUACUGGUGCAAGAAGAAAGUGCCAAAAGUGCCACUGCUGAACGGUGAGUCGGCCAACUCGUUCAACAAUAUGGACGAACAGACGCGUGAUAUCGAGCCGGUCUCGCGCGAGAUGCGAGGCAAGGAGGCCAUUCGGAUAGUGGAUUUGUACAAGACGUUUCACUCGUGUCGGAAGCCGCCGGUUAAUGCGGUUAAUGGGAUCAAUUUGACGAUCUACGAAGGACAGAUUACGGCCAUUUUGGGACACAAUGGAGCCGGGAAGAGUACGCUGUUCAAUAUUUUGACUGGACUGACGUCACCUACUUCGGGCACGGUGUACAUAUUUGGAUAUGACGUUCGGGACCCAAAUGACAUGACCAUGAUCCGGAGAAUGACGGGAGUGUGUCCGCAGCAUGACAUUCUGUUCGAGACGUUGACGCCGAAGGAGCAUUUGUAUUUCUUCGCAGCGGUGCGAGGAAUUGCGCCUAAUUUGAUUGACAGUGAAGUUAAGAAGACACUGAGGGAUAUUGACUUGUUCGAUUCGGCUGAAACUCGGGUGAAAUAUUUGAGUGGUGGCCAGAAACGGAAGCUGUCCGUGGGGAUCGCAAUAAUUGGUGAUCCGAAGAUUAUUAUCUUGGACGAACCAACUGCAGGGGUGGAUCCAUAUUCCAGAAGACAUAUGUGGUCCAUAUUGCAGAACAGAAAGCAUGGAAAAGUAAUCUUGUUGACAACGCAUUUCAUGGAUGAGGCAGAUAUUUUAGCGGAGAGAAAGGCCGUGGUAUCGAGAGGUCGGCUGAGGUGUUGUGGAUCGUCACUGUUUCUGAAGAACAAAUUCGGAAUUGGGUAUCAUUUAACACUGGUGCUUGAUUCGAAUGCAUGUGAGGUAGCGAUUACGAAGUUAGUGAACGAUCACGUCCCGAAAGCAGAGAAAGCUAGACGACACGGUCGAGAACUGAGCUACAUUCUGCCACACGAUGCUGUGAACUCGUUCGUUUCGUUGUUUGACGAUAUCGAAAGUGAAAUUAAAACAAAGCAUAUGAAAUUGGGCAUUUGCUCGUACGGAGUAUCGAUGACUACCUUGGAGGAAGUGUUCCUGCACUUGGAAACUCAACGAGAAGAAGAGCAGAAAGUGGAAACCGAAGAUGAAGAGGAACAAGACAGUGGCUAUGCAGUGGAUAGUUUAAGCCGGAAGGUGAUGAAGAAUCGAGCGUUGCCUAGAAGUUUGUCACUACAAGAACGGAGUAAUAGCUAUCAAUCGCUGAAGAAUGACACUAAAAAUUUGCUGGAGGAACAAAAUCUCGAGAAUAAGACUUCGCUUCCGGACAAUGGACUGGAUUUUGAUACAAUCAUACCCAUCAAUGGACUGACGACUAACGAAGUUGAGGUUGUGCAGAGUGUGAAAAUUUCGACGGGCACAUCGCCAAAUCUAAAGGUACAGAGGAAACGGCACAGUAGGUCUCGUAACGGGGUGAGCAAGAGCACUAAGAGCGUUUACGAAGGUCCCGCCAAUAAUUCGUCAUCGGUUGUGAAGCUGAAUAGUCAAAACAAGACCAACUGGAUGGAUCUGGAGGACAUCGUGCUGGAACCGUCUUGUAUGAACACCAUUGUAGCGUUACUUAAACUUAGGAUUACAAUACUAUUUCGUGACAUUCAGCGUCUCUAUCUGUUAAUCAUAUUACCCCUAGCAUUUACGGCAUUAGGUUUGUACUUGAACUCAAUCCAAGUCAUUUCGCCGGUGAUGCGUUCAAUACUCCUAGAUAAUACAACGUACGGCAGCAAUAUUACAAAGAUAGCGGUACAUGAUAAUACAAAUAGACUGUUUUUGCAACACAACCUCUACCAUCACCACAUGCAGCAGCAACAGCUGCAACAAUCCCAUCUGCUGCAACAGCAGUCAUCUCCAUCGCCGUUACUGCUCCACCAGAAGCAUCAUCAACAUCAGCACAACGUCCAGCAGCAAUCCAAAGAAUCAUCAUAUCUCUAUCACCGUUUCAUUGCCGAACUGAAGCAAUCGUCGAACGUUACCGAGGAAUACAAUGGCAACUUCUCGUUGCUUCUAGACAUUGCGCCUCACAUGGCCGCGUUCAACAUCAACUCAAUAUCAUGGACGAAUGUGUCAAUAACUACCUUGUACAAUGAUACUACUCAGCAUAGUCUACCAGUAAUAUUAAACCUAAUUAGUAAUAGUUUGUUGCGCUUGUUCGCCGAGCACAGUCAACCAUCCUCGAUUGCACCUCCCGCCACGAUAUCGCCCGAAUCGAUCCUGGACAUCGAACUCCACUCGCACCCAUUCCAGCAGACAACGCAGCCGCAGGAGUUCAACAUCGGAACCUUCUCGUCGGCGCUGUUCGUUGGCAUGAUCUUCGUUCUGAUUCCGGUUUCGCUGGCCGUCGAUAUGGUGUACGACCGAGAGAUGAAGGCCCGCAAUCAGCUGCGUGUCAACGGGCUUUCCUCGUCGCUCUACCUGUCGGCGUACUUCAUCGUGCUGUCCGUGCUGAUGAUACUGAUCUGUGCCGCCCUGCUGGGACUGGUCUAUCUGUUUGACAUUCCCUCGUUCCGACAGCCACCGGCACUUAUAACUCUAGGGCUGUUGGUGUUCCUUUACUCACCGGCGGGUAUUCUGUGUUCCACGUGCUUUUCCUACUUUUUCGAUCGAACCGACUCAGCGCAGUCCAUUCUGCCGAAUAUUCUAACCUUCGUCGGACUGAUACCUUUUAUAUUAGUAGUGUUCUUAGAUAUGUUAGGAAUUGAGGUGAAAGCAGCAUUUGCCUUACAUUUUGUGUUUUCGCUAAUCAACCCGAUGUACAUUCCGUACGCCACGGUGUACUUCGUCGAUCGGGUCUACAUUGCCUGCCGGCUGAGCUCGGCUUGUGCGGAACUUUCGAUGGCCCACUAUAUGACGGAGGAGAUGAUUGUGAUGGUCUGCGGGUGUCUGUUGCACAUUCCGAUUUGGGCGUUCUGCCUACGGAUAUCGGACGUUAUGAAAAGUGGCGGACGGUUGCGAGAUUUGUUUCACCACACUACGAGCGAAGAAGAUGUUAUGACGGAAGAUCAAUGCAUCGGAGAGCACGAGGAUGAAGAUGUGCGGAAUGAGCGCUCUAAAAUAUUCCGGUUGACUACUCAAGAUCAAACAGGACAAACUCCACCAGUUGUUCUGGUGAAGAGUCUACGGAAGGAGUUCUCCCAGGAUUCGCUCUGUGGGAACUGCUGCUGCUGCUCAGAUGACGAACCACCACGGAAAAAGGUUUCCGUGCGUAGUUUGUCCUUUGCCGUAGAUGCCGGAGAAGUUCUGGGUCUGUUGGGGCACAACGGGGCUGGUAAGACGACGACCAUGAAAAUCAUGACAGGAGAGACGGUGCCAACGAGAGGAACCGUACAAGUGGCCGGUCACAGCAUUACCAUCAAUCAGGAUGAUGCUUUCAAGACGCUAGGGUACUGCCCACAGCAUGACGCCCUGUGGAAGAACAUCACGGUUCGGGAGCACCUCGAGCUGUACGCUCGCAUCCGAGGAGUGGCGAGAAAGGACAUGAACCGCUUGAUAACUACCUAUUUGAAGGGUCUGCACAUAAGCGAGCAUGCCAACAAGCAAACGCAACACUGUUCCGGUGGAACCCGUCGAAAACUUAGCUAUGCAAUGGCUAUGGUCGGUUCGCCGAAGGUAGUCUUGCUGGACGAACCAUCCACCGGUAUGGAUCCCAAAUCAAAACGAUUCCUGUGGGAUACCAUUCUCGCUAGCUUCCAUGGAAAACGCUGUGCCAUGCUGACGACGCAUUCCAUGGAGGAAGCGGAUGCGCUGUGUUCGCGUGUAGGAAUUAUGGUUAAAGGAGAAUUGAGAUGCCUCGGUUCGACGCAGCAUUUGAAGAACCUUUACGGGGCAGGUUAUACGCUUGAGAUCAAACUGAAGCACAUCGAAAGCGUAUACAGCGAGACACCGAUCGAGAGUCAGCCGAGUAGCAGUCAGGAGCAGCUGCAGCUGGAUCAGAACAGUUCGGAGCACAUCGGACCGGUACCGGUCAUUAACAACUGCAUCGACAAUCGAUCGAUGGCGUUGCGUAACUUUGUGACUGAUCUGUUCCCUAGUGCCACCCUGGAGGAAAGCUUUGCCGAUCGCUUGGUGUACUCGGUACCCCAGCAGGCGGUCAGUUCUUUGGCCGAGUGCUUCUCGCGGCUUGAGAAAGCCAAAAUGGAACUUGACAUCGAGGAAUACUCGUUCAGCCAAACCACCCUGGAGCAGGUGUUCCUCAAGUUUGCCCAUUACGACGAGGAAACAUCCAACGGACAGUAACAUAGUUCAUCGCAUGAUGAACGUGUUUUCUCUUAGUAUAGUCCAAAGCAGCAGUUUUGUUUAUAGUGAUAGUCAUUAGCAAAAGUGCGGUGCGUGAAAGGGAGCGACGAGCGGGUGAGGCUUCUAUGUAUCGGAUGUGGAAAAGUGUAAGAAAAUGAACCUAAUUGCUGAUUAAUAAUUAUCUAGUCGAUAGGUAAGUUUAAUUGAGAAGCAAACCCAAAGAGGUAAUUAUUUAAUAAUUGAAUUCUGAAGGUAUCUUAAAAAGACAGACAACAAACGACGAAAAAUGUGAGCAGCGCUAAAUUGAUUAACCCUUAAUAUAAAUUAAUUAUAAAUUAUUACAAUAAAGUGAAACUACAAUAAGACAACCAAAACAACAAACCAAAAAGUACUAAAAACAGCGAACGCGCAUCAAAUGACAAACCCAGAUAAAACACCCACGAUAAACGGUUGCGACGAUGAUGUGGAAGGAAGUAUUGAUAGAUAUAAAAUAGCGGUUUAUGAGAGGAACAGUUUAGAGUGAAAAGAACGUGAUCUAUUCCAAAAAAAACGACACAUAAAACAAUUAUGAAAUUUGUUUUGCAUCUGUGAUUUAUUACGAUCAGUAAACCCAAAAAGUAUGGAAGGUGAUUUAUUCCAAAAUUAAAAAAAGAAAAUCAUUGAAAAUUAGGAAGAAAACAACAAAAACGAAGAAAAAAACGUGGUUCAAAUAAAAAUGUAAAAAUA